ACGUUCACGUUUGCCUAAAGUAGAGGGAACAGAAUAAAAAGCACAGAGAAACGUGUCGCUCUUUUUCUGGCUAACUUGUAAAACAAGUGAAACUGUCAGAACAGACACACUUCAGCUCAUGUCACUCCUUCAUUUGCUGCAGAUGUGUCCACGCUAGAUUCCGCUGCCGUCACAGCACGUGGACAUUCACGGCACCAACCUGUGCCAACCUUACUUUUUCCUUUUUCUUUUUUUUUGAAAAAAAGAAAAAGACGUAAAUCACCUCGGCGUUAACAUAAAACCCGGAAGAUGGACCAUCUGCCCGUUAACAACGCCAAGUACAAAGAUGUUGACUACUGGGAUGACAGAUACAAGACAGAGCAGUGUUAUGACUGGUUGGGUAGCUUCUCCAAAUUCCAGCACCUUCUGGAGAAACAUGUCAAGAAGGAAGACGCCAUUCUGAUACUUGGUUGUGGAAACAGCAGUAUGAGUGGUGACAUGUACACGGCUGGUUACCAAUCCAUCGCCAACAUAGACUACUCCUCAGUGUGCAUAAGCACAAUGGCCGCCAGGCACAGCGACUGCCCGGGUAUGACCUGGCACCAGAUGGACGUGCGUCAACUCUGCUUCCCCAGUGCGUCCUUUGAUGUUGUCCUCGAGAAGGCCACACUGGACGCCAUCAUAGUGGAAGAGAAGUCUCCCUGGGAAGUGUCCCCUCAGACCGCCUGCUUCAUUCACCAAGCACUCACUGAGAUCAGCCGCUGCCUGAAGCCCAGAGGACGGUUCAUUUCGGUUACCUUCGCUCAGCCCCACUUCAGGAAACGUCUCUACGCUCGCACAGAGUACAACUGGUCAAUCAAACAGUACAGCUAUGGGGAAGGAUUUGAGUAUUUUGUCUAUGUGAUGACCAAAGGAGAGCAGCUCAGUGCAGAGGAUGCAGCUCUAGAGAAGAAACUGCUUGAGGAUGCCAACUUUCCACCAAACAGCAACGCCACGACACAAAAGGAGGAUAAGGAAGACUUUCUGUCAAAUAUUGACUUAUAAGGUGACAAAAUGUAGGAAAGUUUUUAAUGCAUUAGACCAAAAUAUGCAUGUAUAUAUAUAUUACACAUUUAUAUAUCUAAUAUAUACAUAUAUGUAUGUAUAUGUAUAUAUAUAUGUACAUAUACAUGCAGUACUAGUAUUACAAAAAGCUUCACUCGUCACAAGAGAAACUAAACAAAUGUCUUCCUUGUUCCGAAAACAAAACCCAAAGCAAAGAUCUAUUAACCACCAUAGAAAUUGAGUUAUUUAGCAGCAAAUUAACCUGAUCCAAACUGCUCUACCAUGGUUUGGAUGGAAAGUGAAACAGGGUAGGGGGUAACUUUGAAGGGAGAGUUUGUAAAGUGAGUGUUCUGGAGGUGACCAGAGCGUCAGAAAUGGAAGUUGUGAUGUUGAAUGUUGUCGGUGCUUAUGCCCCACAAGUUGGUUGUCGAAAAAAGAGGGAGUUGUAGAGUAGGUUGGAUGAAGUAGUUCCGAGUGUUCCCCAGGGAGAGAGAGGGAGAGGGAGAGGGAGAGAGAGAGGGGGUGACCUACAAGAGGAGAGGGAGAUCCUCACAGGUAGAUUAUACAUUCUAUGCAAAAGAUGCAAUCUAAAGGAGAUAGGAGACUGCAAGGUGGUGCCAGGGGAGAACGUGGCUAGGCCGCAUCGGAUGGUAGUCUGUAGGAUGACUUUGGCAACUGAGAAAAGAAAGCAAGUGAAGGCAAUGCCAAGGAUUAAAUGGUGGUAGCUUAAAAAAGGUAGAAUGUUGUGAGUUGUGACAGGCUGGGAAAGUACAGCUAAAGCAGUGAGGGAUACAGUCAAGAAGGUGUUUGGUUUGUCCUCUGGACAGAGGAAAGAGGAUAAGGAAACUUGUUGGUGGAACAAGGAAGUACAGUAGAGCAUCCAAAAGAAUAGGAUGGCAAAGGAAAAGUGGGACAGCCAGGGAGAUGAAGAAGAACGUAGGCAGGAGUAUACAUGCAGCAAAGAGAGAGGUGGCAAAGACAAAGGCUUAUAGUGAGUUGUAUGAGAGACUGGACACUAAGGAGGGAGAAAAGGACAGAGAGACAGAGCUGGAGAGGAUCCACAGCAGGUUAGAGGGAUUAAGGACACAGAUGGAAAUGUUCAGGUGUACAGAGUGUGUUGAGAAGAUGAGUAUUUUAAGGACCUGAUGAAUGUGGAAAAUCAGAGAGAGAGAGAGGGGAGGACAAAUGGAGGGGAGAUAGUGCCCCAGGAUGUGCAGAGGAUUAGUAAGGAGGAAGUGAGGGCAGCUAUGAAAAGGAUGACGGGUGGAAACACAAUAUUAGAGAGCAAGAAAAUGCCAGAGGAAUGGAGAAGAACUCAAUGAAAAGCCCAGUCUGCCAUGAUCGGCUGGACCAGUCUCUUGUAAUUACUCUACCGCUGGGUUAGCUCCCCGAUCAGCUGUAAACAUUAAUGUAGCAGCGUUAACAGUGCUGUGGCCUCCGCUGUACCAAUUCAGCACAAACUGGUUGAUUGAUGGGCCUGUUACGUGCUACAUGGUGAUGCAAACAAUUUAUAAAAACUUAAUAAAAACAAUGCAAAUUGCAAUGUGGGAGAGAACAACUUUGUUACACACUGUGGACGUAAUCAGAAUCAGAAGAGCUUUAUUGCCAAGUAUGAUUUGCACAUACAAGGAAUUUGUUCUGGUGUCAUUGGUGCGUAACAAGCAUACAACAUUUAAAAAAAAAAAAAAAAAUAGCUUAGCAAGUUGUUGCUUAACACUGUAGUGUGUAACGUUUUAAUAUAAACAAACGUCCGUUGCAUUCAAACCAUUGUCAAAUGAGUACGCACAAUGCUGAUCAGCUCCACAUGACUCCCUGUGUGUCAUGUGGAGCUCACGACAUGUUUCAGAAGUAGUCGACCUCCGUCAGGUCUUAUAGUACUGCUUGACAGGGUGAAGGAUGCAGUGUACAAAUAGUGUUGCAUUGUUUCUGUUUGACGAACAGAGGGAGAAUAAUAACAUCAACAAGAAUAAUAAAAAGAGAUAUGCACGGCAGCUUUUAAGAACGAAAUGUACGGUUCAGUGUACCAUCAGUUUAAAUAUAUUAUAUUCAAUAAAUUGUUCAUAGCAGACAGUGUAAUGGUGUUCAGGUCCCUCAAAUCACUGGAUUGGAUAUCGGACAGAUACAAAUGUAGAAUCCAAUAAAAUCCAAAAAUAAUAUAUAUGGCAUGCUUCACUAUACACAGACUGUGAAAAUGUCAAAUAAAAUCUGCAAAACCA